GGAGCCGAGUGGUAGCCAGAAAGUGCUAAGAGAUGCAGUUUCUCGUAAAGAUUAUCAGGAGUGUAAAAAGCAAAUAGAGGAAGGUGCAGAUGUUAAAUUCAAGCAUAAAGAUGGGUCAACGCUACUUCAUAUUCUGGCCGAAAAGUAUUCCAAGAAAGAAGCCAGAGCCCAAAAUAUACCUUUUCUCCUACUUCAGAAUGGUGCAAUUGUAAAUGAUAAGGACAAGAAUGGAGAUACCCCUCUGCAUAUUGCAGCAAGAGAGGGUCUUCGGAACCUUUGCACCAUUUUGCUGGAGCAUCAAAAAAUAAAUGGAAGAAGUACUGAUAAACUAAUAAACAUGAAAAAUAACAAGUCUAUGACCCCGUUGCAUUUUGCUGCUCAAAGGGGUGAACUUGAAACACUAAAUUUGCUUAUUGAAGAAGGAGCUGAUACUAACAUUAAAGACCACCAAAAGUACCUUCCUCUUCACCAUGCUGCAGAGAGGGGUUAUUCUGAGUGUUGCAAAAUACUUAUUAGUUUCUACCCAAGUGAUGCAGUUAGAGCUGUUGACGAAAUUUCACCUGUUAUUUUGGCUGCAAAGAAAGGCCAUUAUCGGUGCUAUCAAGAAAUGGUUCAUGCUAACAUAAAUUUGGAUCUCAAAGAUGUUGCAGGUAACACAGCACUUCAUAUAGCAGCUAAGUUAGGAUUUGAAAAGUUUGUUACAUUGCUUUGUAAUACACUUGCUCCUUUAAAUACCCAAAACAAUGCUGGAAACACACCAAUAAUGGAAGCUGUAAUUAAAAAUAAAGCUAAUUGUGUCAAUGUGCUGAUAAAUAGCCAUGCUGCCCUAAGUAUUAAAAACAAAGCCAAGAACCAUGUUCUUCAUUUGGCAGCUGCUAAAAAGGCUGAUGAAUGUAUGGAAUAUUUGCUUAAGAAUGAGGGAGUGAAGAAGGUAAUAAAUGAAAAAGAUAAGGAUGGUAAUACAGCUCUUUUUAUUGCAGUAAAAAAGCGCAAUGAAAAAUGUGCAGUUUUGCUAAUGAAUGCUGGUGCUUCACCUAAAAUUGUAUGUCAACAAAAGCUCUCACUUCUCCAUCUUGCUGCAGAAAAUGCUAAAAUAAUAUUGACAGAAAAACUCUUAACUGUACAAGACCUAGAUGUAAAUGUCACAAACAAAGACAAAGAGACUCCAUUGCAUCAUGCAGCCCGUGGAGGGUCCAGUGAGAUAUGCCAUAUGCUUUUACGGAAAGGUGCCUAUAUAAAUGCUAAAGACAAAAAUGGUAGAACUGCUUUACACAUAAGUGCUUAUCAAGGUCAUUGCAGCAUAGUCAGGCUCCUCAUAAAGCAAGGUGCAGAUAAACGUGCCAAAGAUGAUACAAAUUCUACAGCUCUUCAUGCUGCUGCAGCUAAGGGGAAUCAAGUGUGUUGUGAAAUACUAAUUGAUGCUAAUAAAACACUAUAUAAAGAACAGGACAAAAGGAAAAGAUAUCCUUUAGAUGUUG